AUGAAUAAGUGGUCACUGUUCUACAUCUUGCACGCCAUAGUAACGGUCCUCUACAAAGGAGUAGGUGUUGCUGUUUUGAAGAAAAGCAACACCAGAGAAAGUAAUUUUUUUAUAACAAAGUUUUACAAUAAUAAACUAUCCAAAGCAUUUCACAAAAAUGACUAUCACUUUUUUCGUUUAGUGUUUAUAAAGCUACUUAUAAAAUCGAAGUUUUUAAAAAAAAAUAUGAACCUAGAUAAUGUAGUAAGAACGUUGGAGAACAUCGAAUUUGGAAUAAACCAAAAAAGUGAUGAAGUAUUUAUGGCAUUAUAUGAUGAAAUUAGAAACAUAUCACUAGAUCAGUACAAAGAGAUAUAUGCAAAAAACGAGAUAGAUAAAGAAAUUGAAAAAGAUAUUGAGGAAGAAACGAAGAAGAGUGAAAAAAACAGUAAGCAUAAAAAAAAUGUGCUAGCUGUUGUUCCUUUUUCAGAUGAACAAGUCUAUAAUUCUAGUGAUAGUUCUAAUAAAGCCCAGAUACUACUAGAUAUAUUAUACGUGUCAAUAGUAGCUAGCUACCAACAGUUAAACGAAGCAGAAAAAAGAAACAUCUUAAGAUCUUUGUAUGAAAAUACAAUAAAUCAGUGGAUGAGUUUAAAUUUUUUACAAAAAAUAAUGAAAUAUAAGUUAUCCUUUAAUAAAGACAGCAUAUUAUUAUACAUAUCUUUAGAAAGAAAAACGAAUACCCACUUUGUAAAAGAAGAAGAUAUUUCUAAUAUACAAAACAAACUAAAACACACUUUAGAAGAGUUCAUACUUACGUUAUACCCAAACAAUCUAGGAUAUCAGAACUAUGCCUUUGUAGUUGACAAGUUAACAAACUUAUGCAUGCCGAAAUUGAGAGUUAUAGGAUAUCGUACCACAAAAGAAAACAAAUUGUGGAAUUUGAAAAAUGUUAGUGAGCUGGAAAAUCUAGAAAGAAGAGACCCUGGUAAGACGCUUAGUAACAAUGGUAAUAAAAAGGAUGAGAAUGACCCAAGUUGGUCAAGUGAUGAUAUCCCAGAAAACUUUUUUCAUGGAGAUAGAAAUAGGAAUAAAAUUAUAGUACAAAUUUUAAUAUCAAAUUCGCAAGAAGGUAAAAACAGUAUAAAAGACGAUUCGUACGAUAUUCAGCUGAGCAUAGAAAAUAUAUACAAUAUUUUGAUUGACAAUUUUUUAUAUAAUGAAAAUUUCACAUUAUCAUAUGAAAAACCAGUAUUUGUUAUGGCAAAAUAUAUAUUUGGUUAUGAUAAAAAUAUCCAACAAAAAGACGAAGAAAAAAAAUAUGAAGAUAUAUCUUUACAUAUAUUUUUAAAAAUAAAAGGAAAGGUAAAAUUUACAUUUAAACAUGUUCAAAAUUUUCUUUUUAAAUAUACGAAAUAUUUUAAUUCUCUUUAUUCUAUACAUUUCUAUGGAGCAUGUAUAAAGCUUAAAAAUACGGACAUCAUAAAAGUUGCUGGACAAUUUGGAGAAGGUAUUGAUAACAACUUAAUUAAUAAUGUUAUUCUAAAAAUGAAACCUGAAGAGACUGUCGCGCACAUAAAAUUAUAUUCCAAAAAAAGACAAGCAAAUAAUUUGGAUUAUGUGUCUACCAAAGAAAUAAAAGAAGAGCUAAAUAAAUCCACCUAUUUUAAUGUUAUAUAUUAUUUAGUUGAUACUAUGAAAGAGAAACCAAAACCUAUUAAUUGCGCAACAUGUAGGCAUUUCAAAUAUCACUAUAUUAUCCUUUUAAUAGCAGCAAUAUUUCCAUCGUUAAUAAUUUUUUCCAUAUUCUUUUUAAUUACAUACUGUAGAAUAAGAAAAUAUAAGAACUCCAAAAAUACUUGCUCACGGCGCCUUUCCCAAAUAUAUCCCAGUUUGUUUUAUGUCAAGACUGCUUCAAAUGGUUAUAGAAGAUUAAACAAAACAAACGGAAAAGUUAUACUUCUAAAGGGCACACAACCCAAGUCUGUUUUAAAAAAUGGUUUUAAAAACAACACUAACGGGAGGCGUGUGCGAUUAACUCCUCACAAGGUUACCAUAUAUUCAUGA